GUUCGUAAUGGCGACUUCUAGCGUGUGUUGGAUUUGUCGUGAGUGAAUAAUGUUUUACGGAACUGUAUUACUUUCACGCACGAGACGACGACCAAGCGAGUAAACAUAACGUUUUAACGGGUUUUUCCUAAAACUUCAAUAGUCGAGCAGUCGUCAGGAUGGAUCAGGCCCCCGCAGACACAGAAUUACGGAACAUCAUAGACAAAUUGGCACAAUUUGUCGCCCGCAAUGGACCGGAGUUCGAGCAGAUGACAAAAAACAAGCAAAAGGACAACCCGAAGUUUGGUUUUCUGUUUGGGGGAGAGCACUUCAACUAUUAUCAAUAUAAAGUGACUACAGAACAAGCCAUUUUAAAGCAAAAAGGAAUAAAUCCAAUGCAAAAUGCAGACCCACGUUUAAACGUUUCGCAGCAGCAGCAAACAGCCGCAAACACCGUCUCGCAGCCACUGAAUAACGUCAGUCUUGCAUCCAGUCUGAGCGCGCAAAACAAUGGCAUAAAUCCAGUUGUCGGAAUCGGACCCCAGGUUGGAAGUCAGGGCGGUCCCGUUUUGCCUGGACAAAUUGGGGGGCCAGGAAAUGCAGGACCGCCGAUCGGACCGGUCCCCGGCGCCAUGGGAGGUGUGAAUCCGCCGAUCGCCGGAGUCGCGCAAACGGUUAACAUCGCGGGCCCGCCCGCUUGGCUGCAGAAUGAACUGGCGAAUCUACAGUCGCAGCAGACAACGUUGCAGGAACAAGUGAGACAGUCAGAACAGAACUUGGCUGCGCAGCAUGCUGCGUUGAUGGCGCAGCAGCAGGGAAGGGUGGAAGAUGCUGUGAGGCAGGCGCAGGAACAGGCUCUGCAAAGCAAUGCGCAAAACACGAAUACUGAUUUGGCUGCGUUUGACACGGUGCUACAACCGAUCGUCGAUAGCUGCACUAAGGACAGCAUAAGCGCGGGAAAGGCCUGGAUACUUCAGAAUUCACUUACUUCGCAAAGUAAUCAAGUCGUCGCGGACCACUUGUUGAAAAAAGUAAUUCAAGGGACAACAUUUAGUCAUAAACUGCACAUUAUUUAUCUGGUGAACGACGUUUUACAUCACUGUGCAAGAAAAAAGUCUAUGGAUCUUCGCAAGGCGAUGGAAAGUGUUGUUGUUCCCAUGUUCUGUAACACUUCGCUAGCAGCAUCGGAAGAGCAGGUUAAUAAACUGAAUAAACUGCUGAGUUUAUGGGAAUCUAAGAAUAAUUACUUUGACGAAGGGAUCAUAGAUAAAUUGAAACAACCGAGUACAUCCUGGUCAGAGUACCAGGCUAACUUGGUAGCGCAACAUGCUACCGCCAUUACUCCUAUUACAGCAUCGACGAAACAGACAUUCGAUAACUACCAGGCGCAGCAUCAAGCAUUUGUCACUCAUGCACUCAGACAAAUUCAAAAUAUCGAGCAACAAAAAAUGGCGAUAGAUCAGCAACUGAAAGCUCCACCGCCGCCGCCGCCGCCGCCUCAAAUAACUCCGCAAAACAUGUCAAUACCGCCUAGUCAUUCUGGCCCGCCCGGCACGAUGGGCACUGACGUGAACUUCAGUCAACCACCGCCAGGAUGGGGAGUGCCGCCAUCGAAUGAACCGCCGCCGUUUAGCAAUGUUCCCCUACCCGACUUUUCAAAGCCGCCACCGGGCUUCGGACCGCCACCCGUCAUCCAUGAACCUUCCGUGGAAGAUUUAAUGCCUAGUAUGCCUUAUUUUGAGCUCCCAGCUGGUCUAAUGGUACCUCUAAUAAAGCUGGAAGAUGGCGAAUACAAGCCGUUGGAUCCGGAUGCGAUAAGACUGCCGCCACCGGCACCGCCGAGCGAUCGUUUAGUUGCAGCUGUGGAAGCGUUUUACGCGCCGCCGAAUCACGAUUCCCCUAGAGAUAGCGACGGAUGGGAGAAAUUAGGGUUAUACGAGUACUACAAAGCGAAAAAUGCCGCUCGCAAGCGGAAGGAGGAGGACAUUGCCGCUGGUCUUAGGCAGAGAUCUAAAUCGCCGUCGCCGAUACUACGGCCGAGAUCCAAGAGUCCUAGUCCGCCAAAGAAACGCUAUAGAAGUAAGUCGCGCAGUAGAUCGCGCUCGCGAUCGCGGGGCAGAAGUAGAUCGAGAUCGCCCGCUGCUAAUCACAGACGCAACAGUCGCAACAGCAAUCAUAUUAGUAGAAGCAGAAGGAGGAGAAACAGUAAUAAAGAUCGCAGCCCCGACAGACGAAUCGAUAGGCAGGAUAGAAGUCCGACUCCUCCUAGUUUUCUCGGUUCCACUUAUAGCAAAGCUCCUCAAGAAAUUAGUAUUGACGAGAGCAACAAAGGACACCAGUUGCUCAAGAAGAUGGGCUGGAGUGGUGCCGGCCUCGGUGCGAACGAGCAAGGCAUCGAGGCGCCCAUUUCCGGGGGCGAGAUUCGCGAUAAGAACGAUCAAUACAAAGGAGUCGGUAUCAAUCUGAAUGAUCCGUACGAAACUUUUCGGAAGAACAAAGGCCAGGCAUUCAUCACCAGAAUGAAAGCCAGGGCGGAAGAACGAGCGGAGGAGAGAGGAGAACGCGACUGAGCAUCACAGGCGGAAUGUAAUCGUUUGGGUAUCCCGAAUGUUUCACAUUCGAUCUCCGGCGCGAGAUUCGAGGAAAAAAAAUUCUUGUCCCCUGUGAUGGAAGUUUAUUUAUAGUUUUCCGGAGCAUUUAUGCGAUCGCAUCGUCUGAGGGUUAUCUUUUUAUUAACUUUCGAAUCCUCGUUUAUGCAUGCAGCCAGUUUUUCAACAAUCAUAGAUGGACACUACUUAUUUUUAUGCUGAAACAACACCGAUCAUAUUUUUAUCGAAAAACUUUACAAUCACAGCACGCAGUGUGAUUAAUGAGUUAUUGGGGCGCAAAAUUGUACAUUUUUUGACUUUAUGAGGAAUUAUGAUUGCAAGAAAUUUACCUCAAAUUCUUUUCUGGCUAAAUACUUGCCGAGCACAAGUUUUUUUUUACGAAUAUUCGGAAUGUCGCAUAAUAUGUGAACAAUAUUCUGCGACAUAUGAAAAAAAAAAUUGUGCAUACGUUAAUAAUCUUGAUUCUAACUAUCAUUUCGCGUCAUGUAUACAUGUUCUGUGCAAAAAAAAAAGCUAAUAACAAAUGUGUCUUUUAAUGAUCCGAAUAAUGAGCGAAUAUCGAAUCUUGUUGCAAAAGUUUGAUGGGAGGAACUGAUUCUAUUACUCUCAUUAUGUCGCAUCGAAUGGUAUUGAUGACAUCACUCGACAGAAACUUUCGAUCCUGUUUGACAUUUUAAUCGUAUUCCAUGUGCAGCGAUUAAAUUUCGUUCCAUUCUUACGCAUUAUUGCAGGAUGCUACGCAACUUGUGUACAAAAGUACAAUUUGUUUCAUGCCGUCAUCAUUGUGAACGUAAGAAACGUGAGAUACUUGUAUUUAGUAAGUUAACAAAUGAUUAUAUUGGAUACACACACGACGAUAGCUCAAAAAUAAAAACUGUACAUUUAUUACGAAA